CACAAGCAAAGCAGCAGCUGUCCUACCAACAGGAUCAGUCAGAACACUCACCUCGCGCACCAACAAACGUGAGUGCACAAACGAAGCAUAGAAGUAGCUCUAGCAACCGCCGAAGCGGCAGCGGCAGUCAAGUCAAACGAAAAUUUCGGUUGUAUUUUGUAAAAAUUUUCAAGUCGAAACGGUGUAUUCGUAAACGGGCCAGCGAACGUGCUGGUUGUGGCGGGAAAAUAGAGACAAAACAACAAAAAAUAAUAAAUUUUAGCGAGGCAGAUCAACUAAAAUCGAGUACGAACCAACCGAUUGUUUGUAUACAUAAUAUAUUCAUCUGCAAGUGAAAGACAUAAUCGACGUGCAGGCGCGCUAAUUAGCAGCUACGCUUUAAGUGGCGCCUACUCGGCCUACUUAUGGCACUGAGUAUACUCAGCUACAACCUGCCGCAAGGCUUGAAGAUGAGCGCCAACAAUAAUAGCAGCAGCAACCUUUGUGCCAGUCCGCCCACUGGCGAUGAGAAUUUGCUCAAUAAUGGAGGAGUUGUAGUAGGAAACGGGCGUACAACCAUCAGCCUUGGCAAGUCUUUUAGCCGUAUAACCAUGCAAAAUGUGCUGAGCGAGAGCAGCGGUAAUGCGCUGAAUAUCACCAAUAACGGCAAUGUCAAUACCAUCGUACGCAAGAUCAAGGAUUUCGGCAUGUAUGGCAGCGUAAAUAAUGCGGGCACGCUCAGCGCUACAAUUGGUGUGCGCAAGCGCACCGCCAACGAGAUGGCUGUGAUGAAGUCAAUUGAGAAGGCAGAAGGUGAAAGUAAAGCUGAGAAACCUAAGGUGCCCAGCAAGCGUCCAAAGGUCGUCAAUAAGGAUGAGAAUGCACGCGAAAAGACGCCUAAGAAUGCUACCAAUAAAGUGGCAGCUACAAGCGCGAAUCGCUUAAAGCCCAACACGCCCGGUGCGAAGAAACCCGCUGGCACUCCGGGACGCAAAGGUCUGCCGCUGCCACAGGCGGUGGCGCGCCGGAAUGCGCGUGAACGCAAUCGCGUCAAGCAAGUGAACAACGGUUUCGCAGCACUACGUGAGCGCAUACCCGAAGAGGUGGCCGAGGCGUUCGAGGCACAAGGCAAUGGGCGUGGCACCGUGAAGAAACUGAGCAAAGUGGAGACGCUGCGCAUGGCUGUCGAGUACAUACGCAGCUUGGAGCGCCUACUCGGCUUUAACUUCCCCAUCGGCAGCGAUCGUGGCUUAUCACUGAUGCAUGGCGGUUCAUCGAGCGAUGACAGCUUCACUUUCAUCAAAGACGAAUUCGAUGCGCUUUCGCCGCCGCUUGACGACACAAAUUUUGACGAUACCUUAAGCAACUACGACGUGGACGAGUAUUUAAAUAACACAAACUUUGGCAAUCAAUCGAUCUCACAACCGACCGCCGACGCGACUGAUGCGGACGCCUACGAAUUUGACUUGCUACCGAACCUAACGACCAUCAAUGGCAUGCAGUAUAUACGCAUACCGGGCACCAACACCUAUCAGCUGCUCACCCCAAAUGCACUCUUCAUGGGCAAUGCACCGCACUCGCCGCCAAACUCCAGCCUUGAUGAUGAGUCCUUUCAGGCUUUAAUCGACACUAAUUGCCUAAGUCCUGCAGCAACAACAUCAUCGCCACAUAUUUCGCCGUCGUUGUCUGCAACAUCAAUUAACGCUGCACCUGCCGCGAUGGCGGACGCAUUACAACGGCACCCUGCUGGGCCCGCGCCGACCGAUGGGGAGACACGCGAAGAAUGUGUAAAUGUAGCGGUUGCCGGCGCAUUAUCGCGAUCGCCAGUGCAAUCAUCCCCAACGAUGCGUUCAUCAUUACAUCAGCAGCAGCGGGAGCAGCAAGAGCGGGUGCAACAACUGUGUCAGCCACAAACACCAACGCAAGGGUCAGCCAACUUAUCACCUGCCGAUAAUGAUACACUUUUAUUACAGGCGUGUGCCACAACGACGGCCACCGCUGAUGAUGGCGAUGGCAAUGAAGACGAUGCAAACGAACGCCGCCGCCAACAACAGUUUGUGGCACUGGCAACCCCUACAACGUUGUCGCUGCAGUCGCCGCACGCGAUUAAGCAGGAAUUCAAUGAUACAUUAACGGACUUUGUUCCCUCGAAUGUGUCGCCUUCAUCCGCGAAGAAUUUGUCUGCGGGCGGCGCAAUGUUAUUCCAACAACAAUUGCAGGAACGUUUAUUACUUAGCCACGCGCCGUUGUCCACAAUGUCACCGCCGUCGGAACGUUGCAGUUCACGAGCCACGCCAACGAACGUGGCGACGGCCCCAAUGAUGGUAUUUGUGCCCACCGGCGCAACAACGCCAACCACAACCGGACUGCCAUCAUUCUAUGGCACUGAUGCGGACAAUUCUUAUUACGAAAACACGAAUAUCAUUUUGAAGAAGGAGUACAACAACGCUCUGCUUGAUGCGGUCGCAACUGUGGCAGCAAAUGAGACGUUAGUCGGGCUGCCCGACGAGAAUAUUAUCGAGGUGUUGGAUUGGUGGGAGGCGCAUACGCCAAAAUCAGAUGGGGGUGGUGGUGUGCUGCUGUAGAAAUGGCACUGCUCAGCUGUUGAUGGCACGAUGGGGGUGAAUGGGUGGGAAAUCUAUUUGUAAAAGUUCGCAUUUUUUUGCGAAAAUUGUUGAUGACGCUUACAUUUUUCGAAAAUGGCACCAGUUAGUUAUACGAUAAGAAGUAAUAUAUUUUAUACUUAAAAACAUGCAUUUAUUGAAAUAUAAGCGAUUGAUUGUAAAUAUACUACUUUCCCUUUUUUUUAGUUAAUACUAGUGUUGUAAACAGUAAACGAAGCAAAACAAACAUUUACUUUAAG